AUGCGCAGAACUCCUUCACAAGCUUCACUCCCUCCUGCUCCACCUUAUUACCCGCGGCAAUCAAAAGCAGACCAAAUCGUACAGAAUUUUUAUACCAAAGUUGCUCAAAUAAUUACUCAGGCGCGUCUUAUACAAUAUGAUAGUCUAAGCAGCGGAAAUAUUCCACUUAAUACCAAUUUAACAUUAAAUCCACGACAAGCGUCAAAGAGGCCCAAUAAAUGGUUUAAUUUAGAAAUAUGGGAUUCAGAUGAUGUUUAUAAAGAAGAUCUAAAAUAUUGGCGACAUACUGCAACAUCUACAGGGUUACCACCAGAUCCAAUGACUAUAGAAUUCUUUUUGGACACAUCUGAAUUACCAAAAAAUAAAAUACUUGUUAUAACUGAUGAGAUAAGAAGGCGUAAAGUAGAUGUUCAUGAUUCAAAUGAAGAUGGUAAAACAAAAAAUAUUUUAUUAGAAAGUUGGCAAUUAACGUUAAGCCAUCCAUCAACGGAUCCACCACCUGACCUUCCUGUUGUUUAUAAGAAAUCAAUAGCAUUUUUUCGUUCUUUAUAUGCUUAUGUUCGAUUACUUCCGGCUUUUCGAUUAUUUAAAAGAAUAAAAGCGAAAUUAAAUCAUGAUUUAAAAAUUGGAUAUCGAUUCGUGCUGCCCAACACUGACUACAUAGAUGAUAUCGGAAUUGACGUGCCUAUAAUAGAGGGUGAAACAAACGUUUCUUCUCAAUUUACAUUUGGUCCAAUCGAUACUCCUUUAGGAUCGCUGUCUCUGAAAGCGAAAUAUCGAACAAAUUGUGAAUUCUAUAUCGAUGAAUCUGAAGAAGAAAUGAUUAGUGCUAAUUUUAUGGUAGAUUUCGAUGAACAAUUUUUUACUCCUACGGUAGUAAAAUAUUAUCAAGAACAAGAGCAAAGAAAGCAAAAAGAAGAAAGACGAAAAAGUGUACCAACAAGGAUGAAUACUCCACCUUCCGGAUACCUUUUUCCACAUUCACCACAAUAUAACAAUCCAUUAUUAAGUGGUACCCCACAAUCAAAUCCAGAUGUAAAUACAGAACUUUCCUUUCCAAAAAUUCAGGCACCAAACAUUACUGCGCCAAUUCUACCUUUAAGAUCAUAUGAUUCGAGACGAUCUCUUGAGAAUCAACGUAGUGGGCGAUAUGAUAAUCUUUCAUCAUCACGUCCAAAUGUAACAUUGGUUCAACCUUUUAAAUCACCAUCCCUUUCUUCUUCACCUUCUCAAGAUAAUCUUCCAUCUCCAACAUUCUCUGAACGUUCUUCGCCAUUACAUAGGUCACCAUCUUCACUUUCUUUACAGCAACGAUCAUCAAGACCGUUAAGUGGUGGUGCUACACUUUCAUCUUCGGUUAAAUCGAAUUCAUCAGCUGGAAGUUUAACGACGAAAUUUUACUCGAGUUUCGGCAAUCGACAUGAAAGAUCUAAUGGGAAAGAAAGUGGAAGGGAAAGUGUUAGUAGUCGAAAAAGAUCUUUAACGAACAGGAGUGACGGGUCUGGUGGAUCCUUUAAUUCAUCCUUCUUUGCUUCGCUUGAUCCAGACGAUGACGUGAGCGCAUUCGUCCGUUUCGUUGAUUCCCGAGAGCCGUUAAAGAUGUUUAACAAAAGUCCAACAGGAUCGGAUGACUCGGAAAAUCUAGGGGAUAUCAUAUCCAGUUCUAUAUAUAAGUCAAAGCAAUUACAACAAUUAUCUCGAUUUCAAAAAAGUAAAGAAUCACAUAAUAGUCUUUCGGAUUCUAUUACUUCUAUAACAUUACAAUCCGGCCCACAACAAUUAGAACCUCAAAGUGGUCUUACACAUGGUACAUUAAGUGGGUCAGUUUCUUCUUCUUCAACAUUGUCAUCCAUAAGUAAAUCCACUACACAUCCACCUAUUGUACCAUCAAGACUUUCGGAAAAUGUUACAUCAGAUAAACAGGGAGAAUUUAUGACUCAAUCUACACGAAUACUUCAAACUAAAAAUCCAAGUAUUAUAUCUGGAGGGAACCUCAAAAAAGGAACAGAGAUGGGCAUGAUACCAACGGACAAUAUUAUUAUUAGGGAUUAUUCUUCAUAUCCUAAUGAAUUAGGAGUAGGAAUACGUCAUGUAGAUUCAAGUUCUUCCUUAUCGUCGCAACAUUUAAUAACUGAUGGUGUAGGAGAUAUUACUGGUUCUCCUGCAUCAGGUAAUUCUAUACAAGAUGAAUUAUUAUUUAAUUUAGAGGUUCCCGUAAACUCUAGUGUUGGUGAUGUUAAUAAUGUAAUAAAUAAUACAAUUGGAACAACAACGGAAAAUAAUCAAAAAAUGGCACGUAUUGAUGAAGAACUAACAGGACAGUGA